GGAGCGGCUGUACGGCGCUGUAGGUGCCCCGGCGCGGGGUGAGCAUGGUGCCCUAGCACUGGGGCUAUGUCGGAGGCGGCCCGCAGUCUCCUGCAGCGCUGGGGCGCCAGCUUCAGGAAGGGUACCGACUUCGACUCCUGGGGGCAGCUGGUGGAGGCGAUCGACGAGUAUCAGAUAUUAGCCAGGCACCUCCAGAAAGAGGCCCAGUCUCAGCACAACAAUUUGGAAUUCACAGAAGAUCAGAAGAAAACCAUAGCUAAAAUUGCAACAUGCUUGGAACUGAGGAGUGCAGCUUUACAGUCCACCCAGUCGCAGGAUGAGUUUAAGCUUGAGGAUCUGAAGAAGCUGGAACCAAUCUUAAAGAAUAUCCUCACUUACAAUAAGGAGUUCCCCUUUGAUGUUCAGCCUGUCCCACUCAGGAAGAUUUUAGCACCUGGAGAAGAGGAACACUUGGAGUUUGAAGAGGAUGACGAGGAAGGAGGAGCUGGAGCAGGGUCUCCAAACUCUUUUCCUGCUAGAGUUCCAGGUACUUUAUUGCCCAGAUUGCCAUCUGAACCCGGGAUGACGUUACUCACCAUCACCAUAGAGAAAAUUGGUCUGAAAGAUGCUGGGCAGUGCAUUGAUCCUUACAUCACAGUCAGUGUAAAGGAUUUGAAUGGGAUAGAUCUGACUCCUGUGCAGGAUACUCCUGUGGCUUUGAGAAAGGAGGACACGUACGUCCAUUUUAAUGUGGACGUUGAGAUUCAGAAACACAUUGAAAGACUAACAAAAGGUGCAGCUAUUUUCUUUGAAUUCAAACACUACAAGCCUAAGAAAAGGUUUACUAGCACCAAGUGCUUUGCUUUCAUGGAGAUGGAUGAAAUUAAACCUGGGGCAAUUGUUAUAGAACUGUACAAAAAACCCACUGACUUUAAAAGGAAGAAAUUGCAACUGUUGACCAAGAAACCACUGUACCUUCACCUCCAUCAAACAUUGCACAAGGAAUGACCCCAAUUGUGAGACCUCUGUGAACUGAACCACAAAUCCUGGUAGCUGUGUAGUAGCCUUAGGCUCCGAGGGGCAGGAAGAUAACUCUAUUCAUGCCAGUAGGUCACACGAGACCAUCUCCCACUGCACAGCACUACUUCAGGGGCAGGAACAAGCCCACCAUGCAAAUGCAAGGUUUUUUUCAGUAACUUUCAGCUACAGGUUUCUCCAAGAGCCCUGAUAUAGGUUGACUGCUUUUCCUAAGUUUGCUGUUCAUCACUUUUUAUCUUUAACCAUUCUUCUCCUUUUGCCUCAAGCUCCCCCUGAGGAUGGAGAGUGCCCUUUGUCAAACCUGCAGCAAUAAAGAUGUGGCAGGUCUACUAACUGUUUACACUGCUGUGCUAUUGUAGUUCCUCUCAUCUGCAUUUCAGAGUCCUCUGGAGUGGGCAGGGUGACAGAAGACUGAGAGAAGGACAAGGUGGGCUGGGAAGGAGCUUGAAGUACUGCAAGUGCUUUGAAGUGAGGGAGUGGAGGAUGCAGGUCAGAUGGGUGGCCACGAGUCCCUAUGGUCAAGUCAGGAAGAGGACAAGUGCAGAUGAGAACACUGAACAUGUUUUGAAUACAUGUUAACAAUCUUUUCAGUCACUGUUAUUCCCUAAUAGAGCUAUUCUUUUGUCUGUCUUGUCACAGAGUAAUUUGCAAAGGCAGAUGGGGG